GUUACAUCGCAGUUUCCCUUUCGGUCCCUUCUCGCGCACGGUAGUAACAGGAAGUAAAAGGAAAGCUACAACCAAACCAUAACAAGCUGAGCAGAAGUAUUUAUUUUAAAGACGUGUUGUUUUAAAAUGGACUCUCGGAGUUUAAUUAACGAGUCACGCUGCAUGUUUUUUAACUCCUCCUCAAAGGACAAUCGAUGUGCGGUGAUUUUAUCCGUAAAACGAGCCACAGGAACCUUCUCCUUACUCGGAUGUGUUUUCAUGCUGUUUGUAAUCUGGCUGCUCCGACGCUAUCAGUCCUUGGCUCAGAAGAUGAUUCUCAGCCUGACUGUAGCCGCCUUCUUCGACAGCGUAGCAUAUGUCAUGGGCGAAACCCAUCCGAAGGGAUCUCUCUGCAACUUCCAAGCCUGGUGGCUGACAUACUUCGACUGGAGUGCCUUGGCCUGGGUUUGCCUCAUUACCCUGAACCUGUAUCUCAACCUGGUCAGGGAAAUAAGCACCAACAGAUAUGAGAAGUUUUACCAUCUGAUGGCAUGGGGGGUACCUCUGGUCAUGGCCUCUUUGCCGCUGCUGAAAGGUUACUACGGCCCCGCAGGAGCCUGGUGCUGGAUCACAGACGAUCACGUAGCCUGGAGAUUUGGGAUAUGGUACGUGCCUCUCUUCAGCCUCAUCUUCCUCAUGAUCUGCUGCUAUGCCAGAAUCAUCUGUGUGGCCAACAACAGAAUGCAGUCCUGGCGGGGAACCUUCAACCCCGAGCGCGAGAGACGAAAGGUUUUCUUGGCCGAGGAGAUCAAGCCGCUGAAGUGGUAUCCGUCCGUUUACCUGCUGGUGUCCACCUUCCCGCUGGUUAACAGACUCCAUAAUGCCUUCUACCCUGAAGAACCUUCGUUCCCUCUCACCCUUUUGCACGUCCUGUCAGCACCUCUCCAUGGUUUGGCCAAUGCCUUUGUUUUUGGCCUGGAUAAGGAGUGGUGGAGUCUGCUGAGCCCAACUGGAUUGCAGCUGGCUCUGCAGUCACGGCUCUGCGACCGAACGCGAAUCGGAGAGUACUACCCCGGGGCGGUGCGCUACACACAGGCAGACCUUAUCGACCCGAGCGAUGACGACGACGACGACACCAACGUGCUCUUCUACUCGCCUGACAUGACCCUGAAAGAUCGAGGUCCUUGAGCGAGAGCAAGAAGGGAGACAAAAGAGCUGGAGCGAGGAAGCACAAAGGAGGGUCAGAGCCGGAGAGAACCGCGCCGGAUUAGAAACUGAGAGGAAAAAAAAGGAAAAAGAAAAAAAAAAAAAAAAAAAAAAACGAGGUAGGGAGGGAAUGGAAGAGAAGAUUGUGGGGACGGUCAGGCAGAUAGAAGCCGGAGAUGAGCUGUCAGGUUCCAUUAUUAAUCCCCAUCCUUUACUAUUUAAUAUCCUUAAGACACCCUCCGCACACACACACACACACACACAGAGCAGAGCUCCAUUUCUGUGCAACACGACUAUCUGAGAGCUCUAAAGAUCAGCCUAAUGUUAAAGGCAUCUGCUGCAUCCCAAAAGGACUCCGGAAAGAUUUACCUCCCAGAACCCUCUGUUUUCCACCGCAUUCUGCAGCAUUUUAGCAUGCCAGAACAAAAAAAGACAAGGAGGGUUGGGGGG